AUUUAAUAAGCUCAACUGAGUGCACCCCCAACACACACUCGAUCCAUAUCUGAGCCGUGCUCACACACACGCACACACAUAAAAGGAGAGGAGAGACAGAGUGAGUUGCUUGCUCGCCUAGCUGCAGCCUCGCUCGCUCUGGCUCCUGCCGAGUGUGAUUGUACAGAUGCUCUGAUUUCCUUUCACGGCCGCUGCUCCAGCAGCCCCUGGAAUCUCUCCCUGCCUUUUUUUUCAUAGCCUAGCUCAGCAUUCAAGCGAGCGAGAGAGAGAGAGCUCUCUGGCUUCAUUUCUGCCUACCUACUCUAGGUAGCUGUUGCAGCUGCAGAGUGCCCCGGGCAUAGCCUGCCUGGUCGCUUUGAAUACGUAGGCGCCCUCAAAACGCUCAAAGCUUGUCCCUUUUGGUCUCUCUCGGGCGCCGCGCGCGCUCUGUCUCAGGUGGCCAGCACCUGCUCCUGCUCCCUCCCUGCUUUCUCAUCUUCGUCCGCUCAUCAUAUACGGCGGGAGGAGAUCGAGACGUGUGUGUGUGUGUUCGUGUGCCUGGUCGUGGCUCGUGAGUAGUGAUCUGUCGCUGAGGUGGGAGCAGCUGCGAGCUUUGAGGUCUGUUAGCGAUGGCGUGGAGCGGGUUCAGGGGGCCGGCCGGGGACAGCGGGCUGGAGCUCAGCCUUGGCCUCCCGGCCUACUUCUCCAAGCCAGCAUUCCAACCAGGUUUGGAGAACGGGGAGGAACAAAGCGGCGCCGCUGAGUUCGCUCCCCAAUCCAACGGAGGAGCAAGCAACGGCUACAGCAAGCCGAAGCCGGCGUCAGCAGCGGCGGCUCCGGUGGUGGGGUGGCCGCCGGUGCGCUCGUUCCGGCGGAACCUGGCCUCCUCCAAGCCGUCACCUCAAUCAUCGUCCCUUGACGGGGACAGAGCAAGCAAAGACGAGAUCAACACGGCCAAGGGAGCCGCAGAGGCGCGCGGUGGCCAAAACCAAAAGGGCGUGUUCGUGAAGAUCAACAUGGACGGCGUCCCGAUCGGGAGGAAGAUCGAGCUCAAGGCCCACGGCGGCUACGCGGGCCUCUCCGCCGCCGUCCACAGCCUCUUCCGCGGCCUGCUUGCCGCGCAAAGGGACCUGGGAGCGGGCGCGGACGGGGAGCUCGCGAUCGCGGGCGGCGAGUACACGCUGGUGUACGAGGACGACGAGGGCGACAGGAUGCUCGUCGGGGACGUCCCGUGGCAGAUGUUCAUCGCCACGGCGAAGAGGCUGCGAGUGCUCAAGAGCUCCGACCUUCCGGCCUCAUCGCUGACGGCCGGGAGCAGGAAGAGGAGGGCCGCCGCCGCCGAUUGCUGAACUCCUCAAGUAUGCUGCCGUGCGCCGCCGACCCGCUUGUAAUUAUUAAGCUGGCGAGCGGGGCUAGGCCUUUUUGACGACGUGUAAUUCGCGUUUCGCUUCUUGUUCGAUCUACACGUGAGAAGGGAAUUAACGGCGAGUGUAUUUUGAGUGUUUUGGAUGGAUGGAUGUAUGUACACGCACGUCUAAAAUUAGCUGUGUUCGUCAGAUGAUCUAAUCCAAGUAUGUUUGUAGCACAAAGAUAUGGAGUAAACUCUGUCUUGCCGCUUUCUGUCA